UUUCACUACGCUGAGUAUUUUAUUGCCAUUUGUUUACAAAAAGACCGACUCGUUUUCCUCAUGCAAAAAACUGCCUUUUUGGCUGUAAUUUUGAGUGAAAACCUUGGUGAAAAGUGUGAAAAUGUUGCCUUGGAUGGACUCUUCAUCCACCACAAGUGAUAUACUUGAUUCUCUUCAUCUGGAGAAGACUUUCUUCGGCAGUGACUUUGAGGCAUCAUCUCAGUAUCCUGUCAUUUGCCCAGAGUGUUGUGAGAAGAACCAGAAAAGUGGCCUACGCUUUAUGUUCGUGAAUGAGGAAGAGGCAGUGUUCAAAUGCGAAAGCUCAGAUUGUUUGUAUCCAUUCCGGGAGUUUAUCUUCAAGAACAUCACAGAUAACACAGUCUAUCGGUACCAACCGAGUCUGACACGAGAUUCUGAGAGGCAUUUCGUACCUCCAGCACCAGAUUUCAGCAAUAUCGAUAGUCUUAUGGAUGAGAUUUCUUAUCUCACAGACGACUCUGAUGCAUCCCAGGAUAUUGCAAACUUUGAUCUGGACUCAGUGCUGUCUGAAGAAAGCACGGACAACUGCAUAGAAGAACUGACUGACCUCAAACUUUGGCUGGAUGAUGUGAAGGAAGAAAAGCCGACUUCUGCAACUCCCAAGAAACUACAAAAGAGCUUGAAUUUCAUCAAGAAAGGGCUGAUAAAGCAGGAAAUUGAGGGAAAACCCAUUAAGACUGACUACACCAUCACUCCUGUGGACUAUGCCAAGACAAUACAAGCCAACAAGACCGAAUGGGGCCGCGAGGAGACAUCGAAAUGGGCUUCGAGGCAGAAGAUCCAAAAAUCGAAAACAGUAAAGCAGGAAAAAGCUCCAAUUUGUGUUGAAGAGAUUGUGGAUUGCAAGCCAGAACCCAAUGUUAGGCGUUCUUCGCGGAUUCGCAAUCAAAAGCUUCAAACUGUCGUCACGAAGAAAGGCAUAAAGAAGCAAUCAAGAUAGCAUGG